AUGGAGCGAGGACAAGUUAAAUCAAGAAUUUCAACAGGAUCAAGGAUUCCCAGAAGCUCAUGGGCCAGUCAGGAGACUGGAGUUAGGCCGGAAAAACAUCGUUCUUCAAACAAAGGUCUUGAGAAUGCAAGCGAAAUAUGGUUUUUGAACUACAAUGACCCGAACGUUGAGAGGAUUGAGGACGAAACUCCGCCGAUGCUGGUACCUAGUGAUAUCCAGCUAUCGUAUGGGGAUUUCAUUGAUUCGAAUACAGAGUGGAUCGAGGAUAUAACUCCGCCGCAGCUCGUUCCUAGUGAUAUCCAGGUAUGGUUUGGGAAUUUAAUUGAUUCGAAUGCAGAGUUGAUCGAGGAUAUAACUCCGCCGCAGCUCGUUCCCAGUGACACACAUCUGGAGGAUGACAUCGAUGAUGUGUGUGACUGGGAACCAGGAGAUAUUUCAGAGAUCAAUUAUGCAAUUUUUAAGCGGAUAAAAGCUGAGAGAGAUCUCUGCAAAAUGAAGGCGAAGAACGAAAAACUUCAGCAGGAAAAUCAGCGACUGAAGGCAAAAACAGGCGUAAGCCUAAUAAGUCGAUGCUGCUUCCGGUUCCUACUGUUCAUGGUGGGCGAGGUGGCGGAAUCGAUUUUCAGCUCAUUUUAAAUUAAUCGUAUGAACUAAAUGUGGUGGUGGAUGUUUGUGUGUGUUAUGUUUGGCUUUCUUCUUGUUGCAAGUUGUUAUUUUGUUUUGUUCUGUUUUCGUUAUACCAUUCUAUGUAGCAAAUUUUACUUCAGCUUUUGUUAUACGUUUAGUUGAUUUUUAUGCGUUUGUUUUCAUGUUCAUAUUUAUGUUUUGUUUUCAUGUUAGCAUUUUUGUUGUUAUGCUAUUUGCA